AUGCCGGAAGCUUCUAGUUCUACUUCUUCUUCUGCUUCUCCCGUGACUCAGGCAACGAUUUCAUCCAAGCAGCCUGAGCGCAGUGAUGAAUUCAGUGAGCAAUCGCUUCUCGAGGAACUCUUCCCAGAAGUGAGCAGCAGUCAACAGCCUCGGGACGUAGACAAGGGCAGAAAGCAAUACCCCAAACUGGCGCUACCCAAGUCGAGGCCGGUUAUCCGUCGAGACUUUGUCGGGCCGCCACACACGUUCAAGCAAAAGGUGGCCGAGUCGCUUCAGCAGCAAGGAGAGCAGAUUGCGGUGCUCCAGCUUACAAGCUGCAGCACUGAACUGACCGAAGUCGACUUUCGUCGCAUCAUACCCAAGGGCAAGCACCUGGAGGGGUGGCGGCGUGACAGUGACUUUUACAAGGUGAUUGCUGGGCGCGAUCCCAUUAGUCUGGAACGGUUGCCGUUUUACUACCUGCUCUUCAAGAACACGGAGGCGGCGCUCGCAUACCAAAAGAAUGCGUCGAGACUGCACAAGCUAUGCGCUCUGCACCAGCCGUCGAGCUCCUUGUCGGCGAUUCCGCCACCCAAGGGGUUUCUCGAGGACGGCGAGGACGUGGCGGCGGCCGUGACCAUGUACAACCUCUUACCCAAGAACCACCCUAUGAGUCUCAACAUGCUCAUGCAGCCAUACAACCCGGCGCUGCGCGCGGUGAUCCAACGAGGCGGGUACCAGCCGAUUGAGCCGUCUGUGGACAGCAAGGGCAAGCGGAUAUGGAGGGUGCUGCUGCACAUUGAGGGGUGGGAGCCAACGCCGUCGGAUGUCUUCUCGGCCAUUGCUUACGACGCGUUUUCGCAGGGGACGCUGAACCCGCUGCGCAACGAGUCGAGCGCGUCGCUGCACCGGCUGCGCGACGUCAUCAACCUGCGGAUGGACAGCAAGCUGGUGUCGUCGAACCGGCCGCGGGCAUACGGGUCGUUUGACCACUCUGGAUUUUGGCAAGCGACGCGCGGGGUGGCCGUGUACGACGACCCAGAGAUCCAGAACAUGAUGGGGCCGGCCGAGGACGAGGCCAGCCAGCGGCACAUGAACCAGUAUGUGAUGAAUCGCGUGUACAACCGGUGGGUGCUUGAUUUUGCAGAUGGCGAUACUGCGCGGCGGUGGAGCCUGAGGUGGCAUCGCAAGAUGUUUCGCGCACCGUCGGAUUCGGGUGGGGGAGACGGGGAGUGGCAGGAUAACGAGGAGGCUCGGAUCUGUAAUACCGAAUUGCUUUGGUGA